UAAAUACAGCCCGGAUCCCGCGCAUUCUUCUUCUCAUCAUCACACAGCUUCUGGUUCUCUGAUCAGCACACUUGAACAGUUCUUCCAGCUCUCAAGCAGUCGACAAUGCCUUCCUUCAAGCAGACUUUGCUCCUCCUUGGAGCUAUGCUCCCCGCCGUCUUCGGUGCCCCCGUCGAGAACACCCGCCGGGCUUCCGAGAAGAUCGCUGGAAAGUACAUUGUCACUUUCAAGAGCGGCAUCGACACCGCCAAGAUCGAGCAGCACACCACCUGGGCUACCAACAUCCACAAGCGCAACCUUGCCCGCCGUGAUGCUUCCGAUGACUCCGACCUCCCCGUCGGUAUCGAGAAGAACUUCAAGAUCAAGAACUUCGCCGCCUACUUCGGUUCCUUCGAUGACUCUACCAUCGAGGAGAUCCGCAAGAGCGCCGAUGUUGCUCACAUCGAGGAGGACCAGGUCUGGUACCUCGAUGCUCUGACCACCCAGACCGGUGCUACUUGGGGCCUGGGUUCCAUCUCGCACAAGGGUGAAUCCAGCACUAGCUACGUCUACGACUCCAGCGCCGGCGAGGGCACCUACGGCUACGUCGUUGACACCGGUAUCAACGUCGACCACAGCGAGUUCGGCGGCCGUGCGAGCCUCGCCUACAACGCCGUUGGAGGCCAGCACGUUGACAGCGUCGGCCACGGAACUCACGUUGCCGGCACCAUUGGUGGCAAGACCUACGGUGUCUCCAAGAAGGCCAACCUUCUCUCCGUCAAGGUCUUCCAGGGCGAAUCUUCUUCUACCUCCAUCAUUCUUGACGGAUACAACUGGGCCGCCAACGACAUCGUGAGCAAGUCCCGUACCGGAAAGGCCGCCAUCAACCUGUCUCUCGGUGGUGGAUACUCCUAUGCCUUCAACCAGGCUGUCGAGAACGCCUUCGAUGAGGGUGUCCUGACCGUUGUCGCCGCCGGUAACGAGAACUCCGAUGCUGGCGACACCAGCCCUGCCUCUGCCCCCAACGCCUUGACCGUCGCUGCUAGCACCAACCGCAACGCCCGUGCCUCUUUCUCCAACUACGGCUCCGUCGUUGAUGUCUUCGCUCCCGGCCAGGACAUCAAGUCUGCCUGGAUCGGCAGCAGCUCUGCCACCAACACCAUCUCCGGUACCUCCAUGGCUACUCCCCACAUCGUUGGUCUGGCCAUCUACCUGCAGGCUCUGGAGGGUCUCACCAGCCCCGCUGCCGUCACCAAGCGCAUCAAGGAGCUCGCUACCUCCGGUGUUGUCACCGAUGUCAAGGGCAGCCCUAACCUCCUUGCCUACAACGGCGCUGCUUAAGCUCAGAACUAGAGCUCAAAUCCCAGAAACUAGCUCUCCGCUAGCGUUACUUGGGACGACAGUGAUGAUGAUGAUGAUGAUGUAUAAAGAGGGGAAUUGACAUAGAUUGAAGUAUAUAGUCGAUCACGAGGGGAAUCUUUUCAUGAAGACUCAUGGGUACAGUACAUAUAUGGACCUAUACAUAGUUUGUUUGCAGACCAAUCAAGACAUCUUUCUGCUUUC